CUAGGGCAGUACCAACUGUGCGAUAAAGGGGGAGACAGCAAUUUCCCCCAUUUUAGUUUUUUCAGGUGGUAAUGGACCAAUCCGUGAUACGGUUCUCUUAGGUGGAAAGACGGGACCAUUUACGAGUGAGGUGGGAGAUUAAAACUUUAAGGAAGGCUCUCCCGUUUAUUCCUUCACCUUGGCCGGGUGUGUGAGGCAUACUAAGGACUGGAACGUUGGGGGUUUUUUGAAGAUGGCAACCCGGCGUGCACUAAAAGCUGUCCUGGUGGAUCUCAGUGGUACACUUCAUAUCGAGGACUCGGCUAUCCCAGGAGCCCAGGAAGCUCUUAAAAGGCUACGCAGCGCUCCGGUGACUAUCAGAUUUGUGACCAACACUACGAAGGAGUGCAAGCAAGACUUGUUGGAGAGGUUGAAGAAACUUGAUUUUGACAUCAAGGAAGACGAGAUCUUCACAUCUCUGACAGCGGCCAGAAAUCUCUUGGAGCAGAAGCAAGUCAGGCCACUGUUGCUGGUUGAAGACAACGCACUGCAUGAUUUCAAAGGGAUAGAAACAAACGAUCCUAAUGCUGUGGUGAUAGGGCUGGCUCCCGACCACUUCAAUUACCAAAUGAUGAACAAAGCAUUUCGGCUGAUCCUUGAUGGUGCCCCCCUCAUAGCCAUACACAAAGCUAGAUAUUACAAGAGGAAAGAUGGCCUUGCCCUUGGCCCUGGACCUUUUGUUACCGGACUGGAAUACGCCACCGACGUGGAAGCAACUGUGGUGGGGAAGCCAGAGCGAACAUUCUUCCUGGAAGCCUUGCGUGGAACCAACUGUGCACCAGAGGAAGCUGUCAUGAUUGGCGAUGACUGCAGGGAUGAUGUUGGAGGUGCCCAGAGUGCUGGCAUGCUGGGAAUAUUGGUAAAGACUGGGAAAUACUGUGACGCUGACGAAGGCAAAAUUGCUCCUCCUCCAUAUUUAACUUGCAAGAGCUUUCCCCAUGCCGUAGACCACAUCCUCCAGCAUCUUCUAUAAAGACGCCCACAGGAGUCCAACAUCAGUGUCCGGUGCUAAAAGCUGAAGCGUCCAAUAGCAUUCCGGCUAGAGGACCAAGCUGUCCAGCCAGCAGGCUUGCUUCGUGGAGCUCUUGCUGGACUACAUCACUUCAGACUGCAAGUGGGAGGAUCACCUUUGAGUGCUAUUAAAAUACACAUUUGGAUUCCUAUUAAAAAUAGCUUCCUGUGCACAGAAAUAGCAUGUCAUGGAAGAUGAUUGCAGCCUAGCCUCCACCCUGCCUAGCAUGUUAGUUUUCUAUCUGCCGCAAGGCGUUGUUUUCAGAGCUCAGAUAUGUGUCUUCCUGCUCGCCUGGUAUCUAGAGUGGCUCUUCCUGUGACAUCUAAACAGAAAAAGAUAGAAAGUUCAGCCUGAUGCCCGAGCCUUGUUAAAAACAUUCAGGUAUGAGUGGAUGGGCCUGUCUCUGCCCGCCACUGCUGCCAUCCACAGGGGUGGGGGAUUCUCCUUCGAUGUUCUGAGCUCCUUGUACAGUGGUGCAUUUUGGGAGGUUCUUCACUGAUGAAGGCAAUGGUGAUUCACGUCUUUCCAAAGUCUUUGGUGAGGGUGAAACAGAAGGAAGUUCCUGUUGGUAACUAUUUGUAAGGUCUAAUGUCUGCAUGAGUAGAAACGUAUUAAAAAUUUGGGGAAUCAGGUUUGCCUGCUAUUGCAAGUUGGUAAGCUUCUGUGAGGCUUUAAUUCAUGAAGCCUAUGCUUUUCUUUUCUAAUAACAUGUUUGUUCUCUCGUCGGAUCUUCAGCAGUUCACAGAAGAAAGGAAGAGUCAGGAAUAAUCCUGGGGGCAUCUCUUCAUUACAGCCUCCAAAUGGCUCCCAACAGUAGUCAAUUUUUAGUUUUGUGUGAAAUUCAGACACUCAGAUCUGUAUAACGACAAAUAUACUCUGAUCUGAAAUAAUACUGGAGAUGCAAGGAUGCUGUAGUGUCGAUUCUUUAAAGGGAGGGAAAUGUAAUCCUAAACACUCGCAGUUUCCUCAGGAACUUCUUCCACUGUUUUCCUUCAUAUGUCUCAGAGCUGAACCCACAAGUUUGGAAACAG